UUUCCCCACACCCCCCCCAAAAAAUGUACCUUCCCGCCGGAAUAGUAAAUUCACUAAUCAUAGCAAUGACAGAAAUGAUGCCCAGACAGAAAUGGAUUCUAAUAAUCAAAAGGGUUGGUUAUAACGCAGUGGAUGUGUUACAACGGCGCUAAGUGAGUACGUUGGUGGACUGUAGUUUAUGGUCUGCCCGGCCGGUUCGAUGCGCAGGUUUGGAACGCGCCAUUUUGUGAAAUGUACAAAAAAAAGCCUUCAAGAAAACAGGGUCUUCAAGUUUGUAGCCGCAAUUUUUAAACAUGAUUUGGAAGCAAUGCUGCUCUCGUUACAAUUAAAGUAUCGAUCAGCUAACAGUGUACAUGCCUAGCUACAUCGAAAUAUUGGUUUCCCUAUGGUCAGAUCGAAUAAGUUUCUGCUGUUGGCGAGGUGACUGAGAGGCGCUGUUGAUUUGGAAACAGAAUUGACAUCUAUUCAGAGGAGUGAGGGUUGUACGUUGGGAAAUCUGGUGGGCUCCAUGGAGGAGAUACUGGAUUCAAUAAAUCGCCAUAAGGCAUUGGGGAUUGUAAAUGAGGAUAUUUUUCUGGAAUAGGAAGACUGACAGGCAGCGACAAAGGAGGAGAGACUUCAGCAUGCAAACCUUCAUCUGUCCAGCUUGCUCCCUUGUUUUCGUUCCACUCUGCUGGGCUUCAGAUGGCUGCUCCCAUGCCCCAUUCACACCAGCAGUACAGUGAGCAGCACCAGCAGACUACUGACCCGUCUGUGCCGGCUCUGCACUACAGCGAGCAGGCGCAGCAGUCUAUCGCCAGCCAGGUGACCCCUGAUGUUGUCAUGUUACAGAGGCGCAUGCCCCAGUGCUUUCGCGACCCGUCCUCGGCUCCCCUGAGGAAGCUCUCUAUUGACCUGAUCAAAACCUACAAAUGCAUCAACGAGGUAUACUAUGCAAAAAAGAAGCGGAGACACCAACAGGGCCAGGGCGACAACUCCAGUCACAAGAAAGAGAGGAAGAUCUUCAACGACGGCUAUGAUGACGACAACUACGAUUACAUCGUAAAAAACGGGGAGAAAUGGAUGGACCGCUACGAGAUUGACUCCUUGAUAGGCAAAGGCUCGUUUGGACAAGUUGUAAAAGCAUAUGACCGUGUUGAGCAGGAGUGGGUGGCAAUUAAGAUCAUCAAGAACAAGAAGGCUUUUCUAAAUCAAGCCCAGAUUGAAGUGCGGCUCCUCGAGCUCAUGAACAAACAUGACACGGAGAUGAAGUACUACAUAGUUCACCUUAAGCGCCACUUCAUGUUCCGGAGCCACCUGUGCUUGGUGUUUGAGAUGCUCUCCUACAACCUGUACGACCUGCUGCGGAACACCAACUUCCGUGGCGUCUCACUCAACCUCACACGCAAGUUUGCCCAGCAAAUGUGCACAGCGCUGUUGUUCCUGGCCACGCCCGAGCUCAGCAUCAUCCACUGUGACCUGAAGCCCGAGAACAUCCUGCUGUGCAACCCCAAGAGGAGCGCCAUCAAGAUUGUGGACUUUGGCAGCUCCUGCCAGCUGGGACAGAGGAUCUACCAGUACAUCCAGAGUCGCUUCUACCGCUCCCCAGAGGUGCUGCUGGGCAUGCCUUACGACCUGGCCAUCGACAUGUGGUCCCUGGGCUGCAUUCUGGUGGAGAUGCACACCGGAGAGCCCCUCUUCAGUGGGGCCAAUGAGAUUGAUCAAAUGAACAAAAUAGUGGAAGUUCUGGGUGUUCCUCCCAAUUACAUAUUGGACCAGGCGCCCAAGGCCAGGAAGUUCUUUGAGAAGAUGUCUGACAGUACGUGGGGUGCAAAGAAGACCAAAGAUGGCAAAAGGUAUAAGCCGCCGGGCACGCGGAAGCUGCACAGCAUCCUGGGUGUUGAGGCGGGGGGUCCUGGGGGGCGGCGGGCGGGCGAGUCUGGCCACGCUGUCGCUGACUACUUGAAGUUCAAGGACCUGAUCCUUCGGAUGCUGGACUACGACCCCAAGAGCCGCAUCCAGCCCUACUAUGCUCUGCAGCACAGCUUCUUCAAGAAGACCACGGAUGAGGGGACCAACACGAGCAGCAGUGUGUCCACCAGCCCCGCGCUGGAGCAGUCUCAGUCCUCUGGAACGACCUCCAGCACCUCCUCCAGCUCAGGAGGGUCGUCUGGCACGAGCACCAGUGGGCGGGCGCGCUCGGACCCCACGCAUCAGCACCGGCACAGCGGAGGUCACUUCAGUGCCGCCGUGCAGGCUAUGGACUGCGAAAAUCUCUGCCCACAGGCGAAGCAGCCGUUCCCUCCCCCAGUUGGCUGGGCUGGUGGCAAAGGGGCGCAGACAGUGACAGUGGAGACCCAUCCCGUCCAGGAGACCACCUUUCACGUGCCUCCCCAGGCGCCCAAGGCCAUCCACCUCUCGGCCCCCGGCAACAGCUCCUCCGCCCACCAUCACCACGGACACCAUCACGUACACCAUCACACCCACCAAGCCCAUGGACAUCAGGGUCUGCCUGCACGGCCCAGGCCCCGCCUCUACCACUCCCCAAUCAACAGUGCCUCCACAGAGAACUCAGUGGAGGUGGUGCACGGCCACCUGUCCAUGACCUCCCUGUCUUCCUCCGCCUCCUCCUCCUCCACAUCUUCCUCCUCCACCGGGGCCCAGGGAAACCAGGCUUACCAGCUGCGCCCACUCCCCGCCAACGCAGCCUUGGACUUUGGCCAGAAUGGCAGCAUGACCAUGGGACUGGGUGCCUUCUCCAACCCCAGACAAGAGACUGGCAUGGCGGGCCACCCCAACUACCCCAUGGGCAUGAGACAAGGCAUAGACAGGGAGGAGUCACCCAUGGCAGGAGUCUGUGUACAGCAGAGUUCUGUCGCCAGUUCGUGACUAAACUGAGAAUGUUUUUUUUUUUUAAGGUGGUGGGUAUUUUCCCCAACAAAAAAAAGUGCAUAAAGAAUCAAAAAGCUGCUUAAAACUAGAGGGGGAGAUUAUCACUUACCCUCUAUCACAGUGCAGAGCCCACCAUCUCUACAACUCCUCCCCAUGCCACCCUUGGGUUUCUCUCUUCAGUUUGGUUUUCAAAUGGGAUUUAUCGAUCCACCAUUUUCAGUGUUCACAGGGAAUUUGAUUUUUACUACAAACAAUUUUGCAUAACAUACUUCACAACAGUACUGAAACAUCCAUUCAUUUCACAUACAACUCUCACUCGUCUCUGCAUGGUUUGCAUUAUUCCUUGUUAUUGUUAGCCGAGAGCUUAAAAGUCUGGGUAGAAAAUGACGUAGACAUUUUUUGCUGAUGGCUAUUUAGUAAAGAAAUUGCUACAGCACCAUAACAUUUCCAGCAACUCCUAUCCACACAUUUGCACUUUUUCCAUAUUCGGCAAGAAUAAUUUUCUCUUUGAAUUUAUGUUCUCAUUGAAUGUCUCUGUUUUGUUGUGCAAUUCCACUUGUGAGCUGUGAGACCUGAAGGGUAUACUACAAAGCAGGAUCAAUGAGUUAGCCAGCUAACUUUGAUAAACAACCAGAAAUAACUUUAUAUUUUCUGGUUCAUUAAGAAAGCUAAACUUAGAUAUGUGUUUUUGGUUGUUGUGUCAUUAGACCAUUCCAAUGUCAAGCAUAUAUAAAAAACAAAACAAAACAAAAAACAGAAUAUUUAGGCAAGUUGGCUGGCUAACUCAUUGAUCCUGCUUUGUAGUAAACCUGUCUAUAGAGUGGCAGAGGUUUGAAGCAUUAUGCAGGGAUGUUCCAUCUCGCUGGGUUUGUCUGUGUCAUGCUCUCUUUAUGAGAGGGAUGUGGAUGCGCUGCAGCUGGGGAGCAGAGUGCCAUGCUGGAAGGCCCCAGGCCAGUAAAGGCUGGCCCUCCCCUGGACUGGAAAAAGGCCACACUGAAGAGAUGUACUGAGGAGCAGCGGCCUGGGCCGAUCCAGCCCAAACCUACAGUACAGAUGUCCGGGCCUUAUGUUUUUUUUUGGACUCUGAAAUUAAGGGUGGGAGGGUGGGGUAAGAAGCUGGACAUUAUCGUUUAAAUGAGAAAAUAGCUUUCCUGUAUUUUUGAAGUCUGGAUAAAAAAUAAAAUUAAUUCUUUACAAAGAAAAAGUAGGGAAAAAUGUGUUUUGAGAAUGGUAAUUUGAGGCCUUUAACUAAAAUGUAUGACUUGUGAGGCCCAGUGAUUGCCAGGCCUUAUAAGUUCACAGAAGUAUUUUUUUUGCAAGAUGGGUGGAAUUAGCUAUGACGGUGUCCCUUCCUACUUUUUACUUGCUUUUCUUUGCUUUGUUUCUUCAGCAUGUGGUUCCUCCAACAGAGCUUCUGCAGAAAUGUAUUCUGUUCAUCUUCAAAAUGAAAACAUGCUGAAUUUUAUGUGACUGCUUUUUUUGCCUCACAAUUAUGCUGUGAAUUUUACAAGAAUUUAUUUUCCCUUUUGAUAAUUUAUUGUACCAAAGCUGUUUUUAUAGCACAUAGAUGUCUGUAACCAAUAAUGUAGCAGUUCUGCACUUUGACACAAGGUGUUCAAUACCUUUUUUUUAAAUGUCAGUAAAAAUGGCUGUAUCUAUUGCUUUAGCAAAACUGGAACUGUUGUUGAACUCAGUACAUGUACUGUUAGCUGUAUCCUCGACAGAAUUGGUUGUAAGGUUUUUUUCGCUCUAAAAACAAAAAAACAAUCAAAAACAAAUCUCAUUGUUAUAACAAUUUUUUCCGUUCUCAAGGACUUGAGGGACAAUAGAUGCCAACGCUGGUUGCUACUCUGCGGGUUCCGGAGUAUCAGUAUGGUGGCUGUGAGUUGAGGCAAGUCCUCGUAUUCAUGAGUCAAAAGUGCGAGAGGAAAAAUGUGAACAACAGUGCAUUAAUCCUUCAAUUUGUGACCAGGAAUUCAGAGGCUGUUUCAAACGUGCCUAUCUGGAUAAAGCCGCCUUAAAACUACUUUCGGCAGUCUUCAUGGCAGUGGCUAAAAUGGUGCCUCUUUUCCCCCUCAAUUUAGAAGCAACCCUUUUUGACCUAGCUAGCAGAGGCACUGUACACAUCCACAUUUUAGAUGGGAUACUGCUCUAAAUUAGCUAAAAUCCACGUUUGACUGAAGCUCUCACCAUGGGUGUUGAAUCCAAAAGGAAACUAGUAGGGACGGAUGGUGUGAGAAGUGAGCCCUGCCUGCUGGAGCGUCAUACUCCAGUCUCAUUGUGUGACGCCUGAGGAUACGGGAGAAGUGGCGUAAGUUUUGUACCCGUUGCAAAAAUUAAAGGGUGUGGCAACAGCUAGAGGAAAGGUGUCCAUGAAUACACAGGCUUCAGGUGUUUACUUUUCAACCCCAUUUUAAUAGUUGAAAUAGAAUUUAUGUAUAUAUUUGUAUUUUUUUAAUAAAGGAAGUUUAGAACUCACUACUUUUUUCCUAAUGGUAUUUUGAGUACAUUUAAGUCAAUGUGGAGACCAUGCAGUGGAAGUUCUUCUGUGAUAUUAGUCAAUGGGUAACCGUGCUUCCAGGCCAAAGUAGUUGACAAUGCCAGUACAAAUGCAAAACUUUUAGGGUUUAAAUUUUAACAGGAGAGUAGAUAUUCAUACCUUAAAUAUUAGAGACAGGGUAUAGUGUGUGGAUGUGUCUACAAACCUGAAUGACAGCUGUGUUUUAAUAUAUAAAUACAUAAGCAAUUAUGUACACAUUACAGGAACUAUUUUUAGUUGCAUUGAAAUUGGCAUAAGCUUCAACUGUGGGGCCAUUUUGCAGUCAGGCUACUGAUACGUGUGUGAAAGCCAUGAUCGUCGACACAAUAUAACCAGUGCAUCGUCAACAAACAUCCAACAUUUACUCCCAAGUGUUGAAUAUAAGUUCUGCUCUGCUCCCUGUUUCAUUUUAAUAAAGGCAUUUUAUUGCCACCCUUGCCUUCCUGUCCCCCAGUCAUCUGGUUUUGAGUGAUCGACAACACAGUUUGAUUACAGGACGUCUGACGUGCACUGUAAAGAUUAAACGGCAUGGGAAAGGAGAAGUACCACAGAUUGUAAGAUCUAGUCAAUACUUGCUCUGUAUAUGAGAAUGUUACAAAAAAAUAAAAAUAAAUGGACAAGCCCUUUGUAUUAUAUUCAUUGGUCUUAUGUAUGAUAUAAAAAAGUGAAUUAACUUGUA